UUUUAAUUUUUCUAGUGAUCUUACAUGGAAAAAUGGCUAGCAAAUAACUCUCACCUACUCCCUGGCUGCGAGCUGCUUAUUUAUACCGAGCGAUCACUUGCUCAUGAGGGGCACGAGGCAGUGUGUGCAGCAGCAUCAAACGCCUCACCUGCACGAGCAAACGAACAAAAAAAAACGUUGCUGGAAAUAAUGGAGGUGAAGGUGUUGAGCUCUAGGCUGGUCAGGCCGUCGUACCCGGCGUCGGCGGCGGCGCCGGAGGAGGAGUUCGUGCCGUCGUCGAUGUUCGACAAGGUGACGUACGACAUGCAGAUGGCCAUCAUCUACGCGUUCCGGCCGCCGGGGCCCUCCGUGGCCGACAUCGAGAAGGGGCUCGCCGCGGUGCUCGGCGUCUACCGCCUCUUCGCCGGACAGGUGGUCCGCGGCGGCGGCGGCGAGCUGCGGGGCGUCGUGCUGAAUGACCAUGGGGCCAGGCUGGUCGAGGCCUGCGUGGAUGGUAGCCUCGCCGACAUCGCACCGGCGAAGCCGUCGCCGGUGGUGCUGCGGCUGCAUCCCAGCCUCGAGGGGGAGAUCGAGGAGGUCGUGCAGGUGCAGCUCACGCGGUUCGCGUGCGGCUCGCUGGCCGUCGGGUUCACGGCGAACCACGCCGUCGCGGAUGGGCACGCCACCAGCGACUUCCUCGUCGCGUGGGGCCGCGCCGCGCGUGGGCUCGCCGUGGCCGCCACGGCGGCGGCGCCGCCGCACCACCACCCGGGGAUGUUCCGGCCACGCGACCCGCCGCUCGUCGAGUUCGAGCACCGCGGCGUGGAAUACUACCGCCCGCCGCCGCCGGCGGCCGGUGUCGACGGCGAUGUCGGCGGCGACCACAAGCAGCAGCACGGGCACGGCGGCGAGGAGGCGAGCCACGGGAUCGUGAUCCACAAGGCGCACUUCACCAAGGACUUCAUCGCGAGGCUCCGCGCGGCGGCGUCGGAGGGGCGCGGCCGGCCGUUCAGCCGGUUCGAGACCAUCCUCGCCCACGUGUGGCGCACCAUGACGCGGGCGCGGGGGCUCGGCAACCCGCUCCAGAGCUCCACCAUCCGCAUCUCCGUCGACGGCCGGCAGCGGCUGUCGGCGCCGGCGGGGUACUUCGGCAACCUCGUCCUCUGGGCGUUCCCGCGCGCCACCGUGGGGGACCUCCUCGGGCGGCCGCUGAAGCACGCGGCGCAGGUGAUCCACGACGCCGUCGCCCGCGCCGACGCCGCCUACUUCCGGUCGUUCGUCGACUUCGCGAGCUCCGGCGCCGUCGAGGGCGAGGGGCUCGCCCCGACCGCCGUGCUCAAGGACGUGCUGUGCCCCGACCUGGAGGUGGACAGCUGGCUCACCUUCCCGUUCUACGAGCUCGACUUCGGCGGCGGCUGCCCGACCUACUUCAUGCCGUCCUACUUCCCGACGGAGGGGAUGCUGUUCCUGGUGCCGUCGUACCUCGGCGACGGCAGCGUCGACGCCUUCGUCCCCGUCUUCGACCACAACCUCGAGGCAUUCAAGCAGAGCUGCUACUCCAUAGAGUAGCUCUACCUUAGCUCUCGCUCGAGUUUUAUCCUAAAUCUCUAUAUUGCAUUUUGUGUUGCAUGCGACGGUUGCGUGCAUGGCGAACACCGACCGACCGACCGAACCGUAUUUCCGCGUGUUUAUGCACACCGAUCGAUCUUAGCUGAUAGUUCGAUUAUUAUUAUUAUUAUUAUAAUACAGUAUAUUAAUUAUUCCGGUAUGUGUAGCCGUGUGCAUUUGUGCGUUGCUAGAGAGAUCGACUUUUACUUUGCCGGAGUUGUAAGUUAUGUAGGGUUGCUUUUUAAUCCGUGAGCAGCUAGCAAAAAAAAAGAAGGUGUCUUUAUGUACUUUGUGUGCUGUACAUGCAUGUUCGAUGUCUCCUAAUGGUCUUUCUGUUGCAGGAUGUAUACAUAAACCUUUAUCUAA